GAGAACUUACGCGUUUUGUUGGUGCUCCUGAAAAAACUUAUCCCUUUCCUGUAGCAGUGGUUGGCCUGCCUCCAAAAGACGUUAAAUUUUUGCCCCGGAAUCUGGAGAACCUCGGUGAACGUUUGUGGGACUUUGCUUUUUACACGGUUCGCCAUUUUUCGCAAUUUAAAAAUUAAAAAUUUUGGUAAAAUAAAGCCAAACACUGGAAAGAAGAAAUUUUUGCUGUUAACCGUGCUGCAAAGUUCUAAUUAGCCGUUAACACUUUGAAAGCCAAAAGUCAGGGUUCGAAAAAUAUCACCGGUAGUGGAGAAUAUAUUUAGAACUAUUUUACUAAAAAGGUAUGCAAAACACAUCCAGUUAUCAGCAACCAAAGCGAAAAUUGUUAGAAACAUCACCAGAGAUAAACAACAUGGCGAAGAAACCUGUAGGAAAUAUGGACGUAAGUGAUUUGAUGGAGUUAAUGAAAACUACAAUGAAUGGACUGUUGGAGGAAAAGCUUGCCAAUCUUCCUACAAAACAAGAUAUAGAAGAAGUAAAAGAUGGAGUAUUAGCUGCCAAAGCCGAAAUUGCACAACUAAAAGCUGAAAAUCAAAUGUUGAAAGAUGAGAUAAGCACAUUGAGGGUCAAAAUGCAGGAAGGUGAAGAUAGUUUACGUUGGCUGGAACACCAAAUAUCGAACUCAAGACUCAUUUUCAAAGGAAUAUCAAACAUAAAACCACCGCUAAAUGCUGUUAUGCAGAUAUGCACGGAAAGAUUGAAUAUCUCGCCUACAAUCACAUCAGCCCGCACAAUUUUCGAACGAAAUGGUACGCAAACCGUAAUUGCCGAUUUUGGAAAUGAGAGUAAUGCAAUGGAAGUGCUCCGAAAUACAAGAAAUUUAGCAGGUACAUCCAUUUCGAUAGAUCGAGACCUUAAUCCAAGAAGGCAGAAGAACAAAGUAGCCAUGUUAAUGGUCAGAAAGGAAAUUUUAAACGAAUCUAAAAAGUUUAAAAUUAUUGUAAGAGAGGACAGAAUGAAGAUCAAUACCAAAUGGUUCACCUGGGACAGUCGUAGUAAUCUAAUGUGUGGACGUGAAAAAGCCGAAUCCGUUCUCAAGUCAUUGUACGGAGAAGAUAUACGUACAACUUGCUUUAACAACAUUUUUGAGAAAAUUAAUUCAAAAAACUAAAAACAAGGCGCGCUAAAGAUAAAAUAAAAAUUCCCCAUGAUAAUAAAAACAGCUUUAAACUUAAGAUAAUCUCCUAUAACAUCAAUGGAUUGUCUAAUAAAUAUUUGUAUCCACUUUUUUUUACGUAUUUAAAUGAAUUCGAUAUUAUUAUUCUAUUGGAAACCCAUCUUAUCAUGGAAAAUACAAGACAGGCAGAAAAAUACUUUCCCGAUCAUUGUAUAAACUGGAUAAAUGCUACAAGAUUAAGCCGAUUUGGAAGGGCAAUUGGUGGAGUUAUGAUAGGUGUAAAAAGGUCAUUAACAAAAUAUAACAUCAGCUACCACUUUCAUAGCACCAAUGAAGUA